AUGGUGAUGAAUCAAGGAGCAGGAGAGUGGAGAAAGGUUGGGGGAGGGAAUAGAAGUGGUAGGGAGUCGGUGCGUUGGGACAUCAUGAAGAAUGAGACGGGAGGAAUUGCAGGGCCGGUUUCAACCUUCUAUGUCACUGACUUUGGAGAGCAGUGGAAAGCAAAAGAUCUCUUCUUUGAGUUUAAAGAUUUAGGGAUGUUAGAUGAGAUAUUCAUCCCCCCUAAUAAGGAUUGGAGGGGUCUAAGAUACGGGUUCGUAAGGUUCCUUAAUCUAGAGGAUGAGAGAAUUGUGGAGAUCAAUUUGAACAACCUUCUGCUUGAUGGAAGGAAGAUUAACGCCAAUAUCUCUAAGUUCAAAACGAAAGAGUUUAAGUCCAUUCGUGUCUCUGGUGUUAAGAGGAAUGUCGGGGUUACAAACAUCGGUUCUAACGGAGGUAGAGAGGGAGCCUUGGGAGCAGGGACUUCUCAUGCUACCUAUGAUCAAGUGGGUGGCAAGACUAGGAGUUUUCUAGAGGCUGUGAAAGGUAAUGGUUCGUCCAAGAAACCUGAUGGUGGUGAAGCUUGUAAAUCCUUGUUUUUCAAGUCGACGGUUGAGGAAAGGAAAGGAAUGGAGAAGGCUAUGGUGGGUAUCACAGUUGCUCCUGGUCUCACGUACGGUGUUGGUAAGAGCUUGAUUGAGGAAGCAACUUCUCUAGGCCCAAACCUUUGUCUGCUAGAGGAAUCCAUAGAAGGCGAUUUAAAAGCUCUGAUGGAGGAAGGAGGGGAGUGGAAGAAGUCUUGGUUUAAGGAGGUUAGAUCAUGGAAACUGGAGGAUGUCGAAUGCUACAGAGCUACGUGGAUCUCAGUCUAUGGCAUUCCUUGCCAUGGUAGAAACAGAAGGUUCCUUGAAACUGUGCUAGCUGACAUUGGGAUUAUCGCUCACUUCGAUUUUUUGAACAUCAAACCGGAAAGGCUCAAUGUCUUGACUUUUAUGGUGUUCACAAAUCUUCUGGAACCUAUUAGAAACAAGUUUAAAGUGUGCUUGGAUGGAACAUGGAUUUGCUUGAUGGUUAUCGAAGAUUUGACGGUAAGAGACGUCCAUGGUGAUGUGUACAACGGAGAGGAGAGUACUCCAGAUGGUUCAGAGGGAAGUUUUGUUUCGUCGGAGCUAGGUAGUAGAUGCGACGGAGAUGUAUUUGGGGAGGAUAACAUGAAAAGCUUUUGCGAAAAAGCUAGAAAAUUCAAAAAGGAUGGAAGGGAGAGUGACUAUUCCUCGUGUGUCAUAAGUACCUUUCAAAAGGGUGAAGGAACAAAAAGUGAGCUAAGCAAUUAA